GUUCGGACGCUACGUAGUCACCGUCGCUCACUACAAAUUCCUCCUUUUUUGUAACUUUUACUGCACACCAUGUCCUCUGAUCUUUGCCCGGUCUAUGCUCCCUUCUUCAGUGCAAUGGGUUGCACCGCUGCAAUCGUCUUCACUUGUAUCGGCGCUAGUUAUGGAACCGCCAAGUCUGGUGUUGGUAUCUCUGCCAUGUCCGUCCUUCGACCGGACAUGAUGAUGAAGUGCUCGAUUCCAGUCGUCAUGGCUGGUAUCAUUGCUAUCUAUGGCCUCGUCGUAUCAGUCCUCAUCGCUAAUAACUUGAGCAUUACCAUGUCGCUCGCCCAAGGCUUCAUCCAACUCGGUGCUGGUCUCGCUGUCGGUCUCGCUGGUCUUGCUGCUGGUUUCGCCAUUGGUAUUGUUGGAGAUGCUGGUGUCCGAGGAACUGCGCAACAACCCAGACUUUUCGUCGGCAUGAUUCUUAUCCUCAUUUUCUCUGAAGUAUUGGGUCUCUACGGUCUCAUCGUCGCCCUGAUCAUGAACACCAAGGCACAGGCCAUGACGUGCUCUUAAAUUGACUCUUCGACGUCAAUCCAUAUACGCGCCACUUGGAUAGUAGUCUCGAAUACAGUCGGCUGCCUACUAGCUAAGUAAUGAUGUGUAUGUAGUGUAGCGUCUCCUUGCCCGAGUUGCUGCAAUAUACACUGGACCUUUAC